GCCCCGGAAAGGUCCCUCUCAGGCGGCGGCGCGGCGGAUCUCGGUCCCGCGAAGAUGGUGCGGAAACUGAAGUACCACGAGCAGAAGCUGCUGCGGCGGCUGGACCUGGUGAACUGGGAGGCGUCGGACGGGAAUCUGGCGGAGGUGCGGGCGCUGCGGCGGUACCGGGUGGGCCGGCGGGAGGACUACGUGCAGUACAAAGUGCUGGCCCGCGCCGUGCGCGCCCUGGCCCGGCGGCUCCGCGACCUGGGCCCGGCCAGCGCCGCCUUCCGCGCCCGCUGCGCCUCCGCGCUGCUGGAGAAGCUGCACGGGCUGGGGCUGGUGAACAGCCGGCAGUCGCUGGCUGUCUGCGAGAGCCUCUCGGCCGCCGCCUUCUGCCGCCGGCGCCUGCCCUGCCUGCUGGUGAAGCUGCGCAUGGCGCAGAACCUGCGCCACGCCGUCACCUUCGUGGAGCAGGGCCACGUCCGCGUGGGGCCCGAGGUGGUGACGGACCCCGCGCUCCUCGUGCCCCGCGCCGUCGAGGACUUCAUCACCUGGGUGGACGCCUCGCGCCUGCGGCAGAAGGUGCUCGACUACAACCAGGAGCGCGACGACUUCGACCUGGCCGCGUAGGGCUGCCCUGCCUCACAGGACACAUACACACCGACAAAACCACGGCGGUGCCACCACGGGACAUUCACACACCUGCAAAGGGAGCCAGAAGGAAACUGUGUGCUUCCAGCGUUGUAUUGACCUGCUCCUGGCUCCCUUUUGAAGCUAAUGGUUCCAUUCAUCUAUGCAGAGGAACGUCCUUUACAUAUCUGCUGCUUCAAGAAUACCUCCAGUGACCCAGCUUUAUUAUCAUCCCUGGUAUUCCCAGCUUCACUCUUAGCCCAGCAGCUCAGCUCCAUCAUCAUCCCCAAUGUGCCUCCAUCGUCAUCUCUGGAAUGCUGUUCUGGUUUAGUUUAGAACGAAAAUUAGCAAAUUUUCGUUCUCCCCUCUCUUUGCUCUCAGAUCUAGUUUUAAAGGUGCAGAACUUAUUUCUGGGCUAAACACACAGAUGGGGAUACCACCAUCAUAAAGUCAGCCUAGGACACAUGCUCAGCUCCAUCAUCAUCCCCAGUCUGCCCAGUUCCAUCAUCCCUACAUCCCAUAAAGCAAAAGUGCUUGAAAAAGUCUCUGCCCAAUUGCAGGAGAGGAUUUUGGUCAGCCUUAAGUGCUUGGCAGCUUAAUAGCAGCUGCUGGAAGGAGUUUUAAGCCAAGCCGAGUGGCUGUUUUAAGACUGAGUUUAGCAGCUUCUAUGCUCCUUUUCCAAGAGGCUUUCCUGGUUCAGCUGUUAAAUGCACAGGAAUCUGAGUUACUUCUGGAAGGGUUUUCCCUUGAUAUCAAGGAGGGAAUGCGGGGAUUUCUGGGGGUCAGCAGUAAACAAGAAGGUCAAAUACCGUGUUUCUGGAACUGUUAAAGUUUUAGCCAAAACCAGAAUUAAAAACCAACAAAAAACUUUAUUGUCAUGUGAAGUUGUAAAGGGAAGUUUGAAGCUUUGAAUUCAGUGUCUCAUUAACUGCAGAUUUGGGGGAACUUUUGCAUUUAGCACACUAGGCAGGGGCUGUUGGGAACUUUGUUCCCUUUUAAUAAAAUAGCAGAAAAACAAAAAUAAAACUGUUGAGGUUUUUUAGUUGGUGAAGAAAUGUGUGGACUGCUUUAUGAUCUAGUUUCUCUGAGUUUAUUCUGAUUUUUAAAUGUUUUAGUAAGCCCUGUUUGCCACCUUUCAGAACUUUUUUUAAAUUUUUUUAUGUAACAUAUAAGUCUGGUUUUAUUUUAACAACUAGAAGGCUAUGACUGAGUUCUAAGAUGUUUAUGCUAAGAAUGCUCUCUUUCCCUUACCCAGGGCUAUGAAAGGAUGUGGUAGUAGGAGCAGAGUUGUGACUUUUCCGUCCCAAAUCCAAAGAGCUGGAGUGCAGCUACUGUCAAAGUUUUGGAUUUGGAUGCCUUAGUGUGGCUUUUUUUGAACAGAAAAAGGUGAGGUAUGUUUUGGAGGUAUUGCAUGACCACAAUCUGUCACCAAAUAUUAUGCCAGGUUUUUAUAAGGCAAACAGAAUGUUUACAUUUCUUCCCAAUCUCAUAAGCCAGCUGCAUUAAGCAGAACAAUUAUUAAAGCAAUAACAGAUAUUAAGAAAAGGACUCUAAAUGCAUGGAUAAACCCUUUGCCUACUACUGCUGCUCGUACUUGAAUUUAUUUUAGUAAUCAUAACCUCAACAACUUCUUAAACCUUUUCUUAAGAGCGUGCACCUUGCUUAUGGUAAGAAAUGCAAAUUGAAAAAACGUUUCACACCUGAAGCCUGACUUUUAAACACCUUCCCAGCUUCCCUUUCCUGUAGAACAGUGACAUUAAUUUUUGGGACAUUAGAAGGUGCCUUAUUCUGGUGCAGGUAAAAACAGUGCUUUUGCUGUGCCUUACUCUUUUUGGGAAUUUAAGUAGCAGCACAGUGACUGUGCAGGGCAUUUUACUAAUGAGAUGCUAAACUCCCGCUCUGCCCAGUGUGUCCAGCCCUUGAAGGAACUGCAGAAAGGGAAAUACCAAACCUCCAGCCUCUCAACCUCUCCAGUUUACACCAUUAGCCCAUUCCUUUUGUGUUAAACCAGCUUUUUAUCCUUCACCUGUGCACCUUCAGCAUCUGCAGCAGAAAUGACCCUACAGGCUGUUAAGCAGUGGGAAUUGAUUUCCCUAGAAAUAAGUGGGAUAACAGCAUCCAUCACCACUGCUCUCCUCUUGUGGUACUGGAAAUCAAAUUCUUAUGUUCUCUGAGAAAUCAGGCUGUGUGUCUGUAUGUCUGUGUGUUUUAAUUUCUUUUAUUUCUGGAAUUUCUUAACUGUACUGGCUGUACAGUAGCUGAGACCUAGAUGAGUGUCCUGCUCUUCAGUUUUCAGCAGCUGGAGUCCUGGCACACCCCUGACCAGAGCUGU